AUGUACAUUGACCGCGCCGAGUGGCACCGACCGAGGGUCCCGCAGGGUCUCGACCCCGCGGCCGCCAACACGCACAUCGGCAUGUUCUUCACCUGGCUCCUGAAGAGGAACCUGCUCUCCUACGAACACAUCGAUACCCACCUUCCGUUCCUCGACGGCGUGCGCUUCAAGUACGAGACGGGGGCCCAGUACAUUGUCUCGCAGUGCCGCGGCGACCUCGAGACCGGGGACGUGUACGAGCGCGUCGAAGACUUCAUGCUCGAGUAUUACCGGAGCAACGAGACUCUCAGCAACAUCGGCGAGAGAACGUACAUUGGGGACUAUACGCGCGUGCUCGGGUUUGGACUGCCGACGAUGUAUCAUGUUGAGGAUACUUGGGAAAACUUUGACAGGAUCGUGACCUGCAUCGAUAUUGCCUGGUUUCUCUGGCGUGAACGGCAAUACUCGGCGGAUAAUUGGAUGGGUUGGUGGGCGUAUAACAAUGGCUUGCCAGACGGGUCGUUGCCAGACGAAGAGCUGCCGGACGAAGAGCUGCCGGAGGAAGAACUGCUCAGCGAAGAACUGAUCUAA